AUGCCGUUUGGUGAGAUGACGACUACUCUAGAUGACGUUUCUUGUUUGCUUCACUUGCCCAUCAGGGGAGUCUUCUGGAGUCCUCAAGAUAUUAGUGAAGCGCUUGCUGUUGAGUGGGCUGUUCAAUAUUUAGGAGUGUCACGGAGAGUAGUACAACAACAAAUUCGUGAAUGCAGGGGUUCCUACUAUAAGCUGGAGUGGUUAUAUGAUAUGUUCGUAGAGCACAGAGCUGCAUCUAGAUGGGAUUAUGCCACUAGAGCUUAUUUGCUGAUGUUAGUGGGUUCCACUAUUUUCGCGGACAUGUCGUUUACUCUUGUCGAGGCACGAUACCUGUCACUGUUUAUAGACUUGGAUGGCUUACCAGGAUACAGUUGGGGAGCAGCUGCAUUGGUUACUCUUUACAGAUAUCUCGGAGAUGCUUCUAUGUUCAGCUGUAAGCAGCUUGGUGGUUAUUCGACUCUCCUACAGUGUUGGAUUCAUGAGUAUUUUCCAACGCUUGGAAAAAAAGGAGAGAACUGA